GCUCAGUGAGCUCAUUCCAGCUACAGCCCGCAGCUCCGAAACAUACGAUACCUAAUAAAGUGUGAUCAACAAUUAAGUAUCAAGGAAAUAUCUCUUCCGGAAUCGAUGGAGUAAAUUUGGAGAAUUUCCUACUACUUAGAAAUUUGAGAGUUCGAAAGACGCGGGUCCUAGCAAAAUGAAAGCUCUCACUCCUUGUCUACGCUCUAUAUCGAGCCGGCAUGGUCUUGCCCAAAAUUAUGUGCUACAGCAACUACCCGUAGCAGCAGCAGCAGCAGCAUCAUCAUCAUGCACUAUCUAUAGCAACAACAGUAGGAGACCUUUCUCGGUCCUCAACCGCCCACCACCCAACUACCCGGGCCACGUGCCGCUCACGGGCCUCGAGCGCGCCGCCCUAGCCGUCGGCUCCGGCAUCGCGUCCUUCGUAAACCCGUACCGGGGAGACAUGAUCGCGGCUCUAGGCGAGGCCACCGCGUCGCCGUACUUCAUCCAGCGGCUGCGGCGGGCCAUGCUCGCAUCGGCCACGGGGCGCCGGAUCCUGCGGGACCGGCCCCGAAUCACCUCGGCGUCGCUGAACCUGCCGUACCUGCGCUCGCUGGGGCCGAACACGGUGGGCGGGACGUACGUGGCGUGGCUGGACCGGGAGGGGGUGUCGCCGGACACGCGCAGCGGGGUGCGGUUCAUCGACGAGGAGGAGUGCGCGUACGUGAUGCAGCGGUACCGCGAGUCGCACGACUUCUACCACGCGCUGACGGGCCUGCCGAUCGUGCGCGAGGGCGAGGUGGCGCUCAAGGCGUUCGAGUUCGCCAACACGCUGCUCCCGAUGACGGGGCUGUCGCUGCUGGCCGUCGCGACGCUCAAGGCCGCGGAGCGCCGGCGGUUUUUUACCAUCUACGCGCCGUGGGCGGUGCGCAACGGCCUGCGCUGCGACGAGGUGAUCAACGUGUAUUGGGAGGAGGAGAUGGAGACGGAUGUGGACGAGUUAAGGGCAAGGUUGGGGAUCGAGAGACCGCCUGAUUUGAGAGAGAUACGGAAGAGGGAGCGCGCGGAGAAGAAGAGGUUGAGGGAGGAGGCGGCGGCUGCUGCUGCUGCUGCUGCGCAGGCUGUUGGGAGUUGAGAUGGUUGCAUUGCAGAGAGAUGGGGUGUUUUAAAUGUGUCA